GAACCUGCUAGGCACGCCCAUUCUUUUCCACGGGUCUGCUGCUCUCACACAGCUCACAAAUGCACCAUGCGGCCAGGGGGCUAUCGCAAACGUGACGCUAGAUCCCCGCUAUUAAAAUGCACAGCGAGUCCAUGCCAAGAGCCAGUAGUUCGGCAUCUAUUCUGGCAGGCUGGCCAUUUCCCAGCUUCUCCUGCUGCCAGGGGACUCGGGGGGCCACACACUCCCAGCCCCCGAUCCUUUCAUUCUCCCUCUCCCCACUCCCCUCUUCCUGACGGUGCCUGACCCCCUUUUUUUUACUCCCCUCUUGCCUCGCCCCUCCUUCCCAGCUGGUCCCUCCUCCCUCUUGCUCUGAAUCUGCCGGCUGUGCUUUUCCUCGCAGUCACUGGGAGAUGUGACAGCCUUUGGGAUUGUAUUAUCUAUGAAAAAGCUAUAUCCGGAGUUGAAAAAAAUCUUGACGUGGCUCCCGGGCAGCAGGGGUGGAUCGUGGAGAGAAUCUGAGUCUCGAGCGCCUUUUCCUUUAUGGCAGGGACUGAUUAUUUCCGCUGGUGGCUGUUCUCUCAGUACAGAUGUGAGCACUAAACGGAGGGGGGGGGCGGCAGAGACUAAAGACUAGCAUAUUACUGAAAUGUCAGUGUCUUGGAAGUACAGGCUCUAUGUCAAAAAGGGACCUUCUCUAAUUGCUUAAGCCUCAGGCACGAUGUUCCGCAAGAAAAAGAAGAAACGCCCCGAGAUCUCUGCUCCACAGAACUUUGAGCACCGUGUGCACACCUCAUUUGAUCCAAAGGAGGGGAAAUUUAUUGGCCUGCCUCUGCAAUGGCAGAAUAUCUUGGACACUCUGAGGCGGCCCAAACCCGUCGUAGACCCUUCAAGGAUCACCCGGGUGCAGCUUCAGCCUAUGAAGACGGUUGUGAGAGCCAGUACGUUUGAAGUGGAAGGAUAUAUCUCUGGGAUACUCAAUGACAUCCAGAAGCUUUCCCUCAUCAGUUCAAAUACCCUGAGGGGGAAAAGCCCCACGAGCAGGAGAAGAGCCCAGUCGCUGGGGCUUCUGGGAGAAGAUGGACCCACUGACAUGUACCUACAGUGUGCGGAACCAGACUGGGCAGACAAAUAUGGAAACUACCUCAACUGCAAUGGUGGGAGCAAGUCCUCGAGACGGCAGACUUUAUGGCCAGAUUAUAAACCUGCAUUGGACGGACAGGCUCACUCCAAUGGCCUCGUAAUGAAAGCGCAGUCUCUUGGCCCUUCAGAAUUCCAGGGCGCAAACAGCCGCUUUAUCCCACUCUCCUCAGGUUUUCAGCGCCAGCAAUACAUCCCGGUUCCUGGGGCAAACAGUGAAGAUGCUGGAAGGGGAUGGAGCUCAGAAGAGCAUUACGCUCAGCCUAUCCAAGGGAGCCAAGCUAAUUCGAGGCCACCCGGGGAAGGCAGUCCUGGCUCCAAAUCGAGAGACAACAGCUUGAAGAGGAGGCUCUUGAGAAGUGUGUUCCCCUCGUCCAGCGCCUCAAACAAGAUUGGAAACAGCCAACAGAUAAAGCCCAGUCCUUUCUUCCGGCCGCCACAGCACUGGGGUUCACCGCACAGCCCUGCCGCCAAAUCCCAGUCCCUUCCCUCGGACCAGCCAGCGCCAGAGUAUGCUCGGAUUUCAGAAGCUGGGACCCCUCAAAAAUCCCCAACCACAGAGACUGCAGCGGCCCUGCCUCCAGGCCGGCCGUCACCCGCGGGGUCCCCCCGGAACAGACACACCCAAACCAGCUCCAGCAACCUCCACCUUCCCUUGGACUCGAAAGCCCAGCCAUCCAGUGAGGACCCGGUUGUCGUAACUCACGAGCAGUUCAAAGCUGCUUUGAGGAUGGUGGUGGACCAAGGCGACCCCAGGACGAUGCUGGAAAACUAUGUUAAGAUUGGGGAGGGGUCUACAGGUAUUGUCUGCAUUGCACGCGAGAAGCAUUCUGGACGGCAGGUGGCAGUGAAGAUGAUGGACUUGCGGAAGCAGCAGCGACGAGAGCUCCUUUUCAAUGAGGUGGUGAUAAUGAGAGACUACCAACAUGACAAUGUGGUGGAGAUGUACAAAAGCUAUCUGGUUGGUGAUGAGCUCUGGGUGCUGAUGGAAUUUCUCCAGGGAGGAGCCCUCACGGAUAUUCUGUCCCAAAUCAGGCUGAAUGAAGAGCAAAUUGCUACAGUGUGUGAGUCAGUCCUGCAGGCACUGGCUUACCUGCAUUCCGAAGGUGUGAUUCACAGAGACAUUAAGAGCGACUCCAUUCUCCUGACCCUUGAUGGAAGGGUGAAACUCUCCGACUUUGGCUUCUGUGCUCAAAUCAGUAAGGACGUCCCCAAGAGGAAGUCCUUAGUGGGGACACCGUACUGGAUGGCUCCGGAAGUUAUUUCAAGGUCUCCCUACACCACAGAGGUAGACAUCUGGUCUUUGGGAAUCAUGGUGAUCGAGAUGGUGGAUGGAGAACCCCCUUAUUUCAGUGAUUCUCCAGUCCAAGCAAUGAAGAGGCUCCGUGACAGCCCUCCUCCCAAAAUAAAGAAUUCUCAUAAGACGUCUCCAGUUUUAAGAGACUUCUUGGAACGGAUGUUAACACGAGACCCGUUAGAGCGAGCAACAGCCCAAGAACUCCUUGACCACCCCUUUUUGCUUCAGACGGGACUUCCAGAGUGCCUGGUGCCCCUUAUUCAGCGGUAUAGGAAACGGACCUCCACCUGCUGACCCCAGACUUGAGAAGCACCUAGUAUAUCAUAGUGUUUGAACGCAGUCUUUCUCUUGGAACUUGUCAGCGUCCUUUCCGAGAUGCGAGAGGGAAUUUUCACCAUCUUUAGCUGCUUUUUAAUGUUUACCUUUUUCUCUUUUUCAUUGCCGAAGACAAUCAAAAGCUGGACUCCUACAAGUCUUAAUAUAUAUAUAUAUUGUGAAGCUUCUGGGAUAGAUCCUAUUUCAGGAGUAUGUUUGGUGUUUGUAAGAAGAUUCUCGCAACUUGAUUUGUACAUAGCUGAAACCUCCAGAGACUUCAUCUACUGACUGAACUGAAACAACAUUCCUCUCGUAGGAUGGUAUUUGUUCUUUAAAACACAUUUGAAGGUAGACAUCCUUACUUUAACCUGAAAACAGGCUUCUCCAACUUGGUGCCCUUCAGAUGAUUUGGACAGUGAUGGCUGGGGCUGAUGAGAGAUGGAGUCCAAAACAUCUGGAUGGCACAAGCUUGGCAAUGGGCUUCCCUAAAAGAAUCAUCUCAUCUCGUAUAUGGGCUACUUGAUCCUGCUGCAAAAGACUCUUCUACCUUGUUUGCUUUCAAAUCAUCUCCCCAGGACUUUCUUUCUUUCUUUCUACAGUAGAGACUAAUAUGGGGCCUAUGGCUUUUCAAACCUUAAGAGUGGUCUGUCAUUUCACAACCUUACACCAGCUGGCAAGCAGUGCUUCAUGGCAGACAUUUCUCCAGAGAUGCUGGAACCUGAUGCUUGAACCGCCAUGGCAUGUAAACGUAGUGCCUUCUCCAGUGAAGACUGGAAGUAGAAGGCAGCACAAGGGUUGUCCAGAUAAGAACUUCAGUUUGCUUAUAUCAAGGCCCCUCUAAGUACACUGGACUUGACCAAGGAUAUGGCUUUGAGGCAGCUGCUGGGUGGUGUUUUUCACCAGCUCCGAAUUCUGUAGCGAGGCCAAUAAAACGUUGAAGCUCUCCCAUUCCACUGAGCAAUGUUUGUUUUGCCAGUGAGAAUGUUAAGACUCUACCUACCUCCUAUGUUGUUGAGAAUAGGGGAAAUGCAUGGAACAGAGUUUAAACGUGUGCUCACGGUUCUAUAAUCUCCUGGAUGUAGGUGGACCACUUCUAAUAUUCUUAUCUAAGAUUGAUGCAGAGAUUUUAUAUGGUUAAGUCUUAUCUGUGUAAUGUCCAGAUCAGUUGGCACCGAUUAGUUUAGGUUGUAUUAUGUGUGUUACUGUGUGGAGCAUAGUUGUAAACAUAACUGGAAUUCAGUUUUGUGAUACAUUUGGGCAGGAGUUAUGGAAAGUGGGGAGGGGUAGGUUGGAGGGGGGGGGUCAGGUGUCACUUCUACUGCCUCAGAAUUUGCCCUUACACAAUCCACCAAGUGGUAAACAUAUGAAAACAUGUAAAAACAGCAACAACAAAAAACUUGAAAUAUUGUGGGGAGAGCUUGUUGUAAAAUAUGUCUGUAUGUUCCAGGAAUCCUGUGCAAAAAAACUCCCAGGUUUCUUCCUUCUUUUUAACUUAAAUUAUCUGAAACAAAUAUUUCUCCUUUCCGUGAGUUGUUUGCAUUUGUUGUUUUAAAUUAAAACACGAUUUUGAUUAUUCAUAAACCCAUGGCAAUGCUGAAAUGUUUUUGGAAAACACAUUUAUCCUUAUUCCAAAGUGCUCCACAGAGUUCCUAACUCAAAGAGUUUUAAAAACUUGCCACAGAAAGUUUCGGGCCUAUAAACUUGACAGACAAAAUCAGUGGCCCAAAUGAGUUCCAUGUAGUUUCAGUCAAGAAUGGCCAACAAGGCAGUGAGGGGUGUGUGAAGUCCAUUUGGGCCAGUAGUG